CCAAGCAAGCGGUGACGAGGGGAAACAUAGACACUAGUUAUUAAAUUAUCAACAACAGAAGGAGAGAGCUUUGUGUGGAAGGAACGGCCCUGUGAACAACAACAAAAGUGGAAGGCAAUUACAUAACAUCCAAAAUAGUGUCGGUAACGUAAGGAGAGGAGGAGGAAAUAGGAAAGAGGAGACAGUCAUCACCAGACUGACAAUUGGGCAUACUUAUUUGAAUAGUACCCUUUUCAUCAUGGGGAAACAUCCAACAGGGUUGUGUAAUAGAUACAGAACUUGUGCAACAUGAUGUAAAUGAAGGAAAUAUAUGGUAGAGAGAAAGAUCAUGAUGGAGGGAAUGAGAAGAGCAGGAAACCUACUGGAAUAGGAGGAGGAGGUGAACAAGGCAGGAGUUAGCAGGAUUAGGCAACUGUAGGUGAAAUGGGUCACCAGUAGGUGGCGGUAGUGCACCGCAAUGGAUGCAAAACACCGUUAAAAUACACAAGGAGAAGAAAAAGACUAAGGAAAAAGAAGGCGUCACGAAAGUUAGUGCCCAGGUAGACACAGAGACCGACUGGGACCACUACAAGAAAGGACAUGGAGGAGGACACCCAGAACCCGGAGCAGCAGAGCAACAGCGUUCCCGAAAGACAAGCAACAGGGCCGUCCUCUGGUACCAACAAUGUUCAGAAACGUGGGGGACAAAAGGCACGUCCCAAGUCUCACCUGGGACUUGGGACUGGAGCGAGACCAUACAGCUGCGACCACUGUGACAAAGUGUUCAAAAAGUCGAGUCAACUGAAAAACCACCAAAGCGUUCACACCAGGGACCAGCCGUACAAAUGUGACCAGUGCGGAAAAGGUUUUGCGAGAGCGGGCUCCUUAAAAGUCCAUUACGGCAUACACACCGGAGCCAAACCGUAUACCUGUGACCAAUGUGGGGCAGCGUUCCUACACAAGUAUCACUUCCAAACUCACCGGUACAUUCACACCGGAGAGAAACACUACAACUGUGACCAAUGUGAGAAAGUUUUCACCACCGGAGGUGACCUAAAGAACCAUCAGCGCAUUCACGCGGGCUAUAAACCGCACAAGUGUGAGCACUGCGGGGCAGCUUUCACGAGGCGCGGGCCGCUGGUUCGCCACCUGCGCAUCCACUCCGGAGAGAAACCGCACUGGUGCGACAUCUGCGGGAGACUCUUCGCCCGGGGCUACACCUUAGACGUCCACCGACGCACUCACACCGGAGAGAGACCGUACGUGUGCAACUUCUGCGACAAGGAUUUCAUCACAUCGGGGGCCCUGGCAACCCACCAACGGGUUCACACCGGAGAUAAGCCGUACAGCUGCGACCAGUGUGAGAAAACGUUCAGCAUUCGCGGUAACCUGGAAGUCCACCGCCGCAUUCACACGGGAGAGAAGCUGUACUGGUGUGAAGAAUGCGGGAAGAGCUUUGGUUCAGAGGGUACCCUUAAAAGCCACCAACGCAGUCACAAUAAAAAUACGAGAGCCCAAAACGACAUUAGACAUUAUUGCUAAGGCCAUAUGGCGACCACUUUUUAAAAAGUUAGCGUUGAGCCCUUUUUGAUCCACCUGGAUUGUUACUUUCUAAGAAAUGAAUGAAAGUUGUAGUACUAUGUUGUACUAUUUUUUUUUUUUUUUUUUUUUAAAUUGAUUUUAUUAUCUUUUUUUUUUUAUUGCUCUCAAAAUUUGCAUUUAUUUCAGUAAUCAAGAUUUCCAAACUCCAUAACUAGUACAAAUAAUAACUUCUACAAUGGCUGAUUGUUUUACCGUCCAUUGAUUGGAGUAUUUCCUCGAUGAAAUUUUUUUUUCUGAGGAAAUUGAAUUGCUAAAGAAGGUUAUGGGAUGUGGUCAAAAGCUCCAAAAAGAGAUUACGUGAGCAUUACUUGUUGUUGUGAGAGUGAUUUAUUACAAAUGUGUUCCCAUUGCUUUUGUCUGCUUCAUAUAUUUCCUAUUUGGAAUUUUUUUGGGAGUUCAACAUUAUACACAAAAAGGGGCCUUUUGUGUAAUUUUACCUGGCUUUUUGUGCCCUUUAUUUGAGAGGACAGGAAAGGGGGGAAGA